GUUCUGCAAGUGUUGGAAAACGUCACUUCACCAAAACACAUUUUGGUUGCAGUUCAACAUUUUGGUUUAAAUUAAGUUAAGGAAACCGUUGUUUUCGUUUGAUAUAUACUGCAAAGAGUCUUUGAAAUGGCUCGAACCGAGUUGGAGAAAAAGGCUAAGCGCCAAGGAAAGAAACGCAAGCACGAGGCGACUGGAGAUGCUGAACAUGCGGCCAGUGACGACGAAGUGGCCACCAAAUCUUUAAUCCUAGAGCCACAGGGAGAGCCAUCGGCAACUGUCAAUGAUAAAGCAACCAAACGGCGACAGCAGGAGGACGACAUCCAGACAAACAAGAAACACAGCAAAAAGUCUGCUUCAGAGGAGCACGUUGCUAAAAAUGGUGGCGAGAAAUCUCCCAAGCAAAAGUCCCACAAGAGAAAACAAGCCCAGGCCGAGACCACAACAGUCCUGGAAAAGCGCAGCAAGCAGGAUACCAACUCGGACGAUGAUGACAACGAGGAGGAAACGCAACCGACUGAAGCCCAACUCCGUGAAGCUGCACGUCCGGAGAACGCCAAUGCUGUGGUCACAGUGCGCCAAAAAAAGAAGCAAAAGCACCAGCAGCGUCUUGAAGCCCAACGUAGCCAGAAUUCCAACAAGGAGGCCAAAAUCAACAAGGAAUACCUUGUGAAAUGGAAAGAGUCCCGGGAUGAGUGGAAAUUCAUCAAGCUCCGCCAGAUCUCCAUCCAGCAGACGGCCUUCGAUGAGGACAAACUAGAAUCAGAGCUGUGGCCGUUAGCUCUCGAGUAUUUGGCCAGCUCCCAGGGGGCAGCGCGGGCCAAGAUCAGCAAAUUAGCCGAGGAGGUGAUUCAGGAACUUGACAAAAAGGGUGAGAAGCUGGAGGACGAGACAGAGCGCCAGAAGCUGAUCGAGUCCACGCGGUACCAGAGGGCGCGUGAUAUGCUCCAAAGCUUCGACUAGAGUUAUCUGUUAUUGUUAAGGUAUUUUCUAGAAUUUAAAUGAAAACCGUAGUUUUUUUUACAUUAACAUACAAACAACAA